AUGCCACAAGCGCGCCAGGUCCUCUUCCGCAUCUUCUAUAGCACCUCAUUCACAGUCGUCUUCUUAAUUUUGGUCGGCUUCAUCUGUUUCACCCCCGCCGAUGCCAUCUAUGAAUCCUACAAGCGGCACCGGCUGCUGGAUAUCUUCCUCAUCACCGGCGCCUAUGUCUUGACCGCCUUGAUCGCCGCAUUGAUGUAUGCCUCCCGCCUCUACACAAACCGCUCGGUGCUUAGGGACAUCCCGAAGACGUUUCUGCCCAUUGAAAAGGAGGACUUGCCCGGAAAACGAGUCCACCGUUUGAUACAGGACUGUCUGGAGCGAAGUGCAGUCAUAGCGUACCAGGCCCGGCCACGAAGCCGGAGGAUUGAGCACGAAACCGAGACCGCAGGCGCCAGGAUGUUGGCCCUGACCAACUCGCCAGCAUACACCGAUCAGAAUAUGGAGCCGCCGUGGGGGGAGAUAGCUCAUCCGGGCUGGUCCUCCCCGGCGUUCAAGGAGAUGCCCAACCUCGAGUACGCUACUGUCGUGGACGAGUUGACCGACCUUGUCGAAGCCAAGGCUGUUAGUCUUGCGCCUCUCGACCCAAGGGCCGAACCCGGUCCAGAUGGCACGCCCAUGCCGGAUCCUCGUGUGAUCGAUGAACUCGCUCGCCCCGAGGCUAUCGGCAUGCGACCGUACUUGAGACAUCUUAUAGACCUUGGCGUGGUCCCCGACACGCCGCUCACCGCGGCAUUUUUGGCGGCCUACGAACGCGCUCGGUUCUCCUCCAAACCGCUGACUGAUGGGGAUUUCCAGGCGUUGAUGCGAAUGUUUGCCGAGCUGCUCCGCAAUAUGGCUCCUGUGAACGCCGAGCUGCUUGAUCUCGACGCCUCGUCCUACGAGCCGACCUUGUCUGAAGCCUCCAGUGUGUCGAGCCACGGCCUACACCAGCGGCCCCCUGAUCCCGAAACCUCAUCUGCCGCAUCUACAUUCUCGAAUUCUGGGUCUGUGCGCCAUCACCAACCUCCUCCACGGCGCAUCUCCGAGGACUCUGCCGCGCCGUCACUCUCGUCCCUCGAACAAGAGCACGACCAUGCGCACAACCAAGAAGAGGACACAGACGCACGUUCGCUCCGCACUGCGCCAACCACGAUAUCUCGCUCCCGCUCCAGACUCACCCUGGGGUCGAAUUCGCUCAUGGUGUCUGCCGCAUCCCGACCGAAUCUGCAUUCCGCGUCGUCCCACGAAUCCUUGCACUCCAGGCUCUCUUCACGGUCGCGAAGGACCCGGCGAAGCGGACCCUCCAACAGGAACGUGAUUCGUUUGACGAGAGAUAGUGAAGGUGGCGAUUUGCCCUAUACGAUUCAGUCCCUACCGAGUCAAGACGGAUCCCGACGUAGACCGGCACAGAGUGAUGACGAUGAUAACUGGAUAUAA